AGUUUGGGCUUUCCAGCGAAAUCUCUCUGCUCUCUAUUCUCCUCCUCUUUUUCUCCUCUCUUAUCCAGCCCACUCAGCACUCCUCCCGUCAUAUGCUUCUCGUUUGUUGCAAGUUUGUUAGGCGCACAGGAUCUUUGUUGACAUGCAUCUUUGGAAAGCAUCAUCCGACCCCCUGUGCUGAGCUUUUACCCGACCGUGGAGGGCAGGUGUUGGAGGGAACGUCACUGCAUCUUGGAACUGUGGCCACCGUCACCUACGAUCCAUUGUGGUGACGCUGAUGUUCUCCUUGUGAGGGAUUUUCUUCAGCGGCAGCUCUUGUUUCCACUCAGGCGUGCGAUUAUGAUGGUUUCGAGCAGCGUGCGCUAAGGGAAUGUGAGGGAGUGUGUGUGACGGGAGUGUAAGUGAGGAUGAAGUGUUCUUUGAGGUUUACCUAACCCAUGCAUUAGUGGUAAGACCACAGUAACCACCUCCAGAUGUUUGAGAGCACAAUCUGACUGAUUAUUUACAAGGCCAAUAAACAUCGCCCUCUUCACACUAUAACGCUUACUCUUUGCUCCUUGGGGAAGGCCUGAGUUAAUGCUUAAUCAAAGUACAGACCCUAAUUGCUAAGGCCAAGCCCUGUUUAUGGGAGGGAGGUUACUUGUAUGUGAACAGAUCAUUGCAGACCAAAGGCACACAAGCUCAGGGACUCAUCAGACUCUUCUCGAGCAGUCGAGCAGCAGGACAUUCACAACUGACCACAGGAAGCAGCCACCAUGCCCAAAAAAUCCUCCAUAUCUAAGGCUUUCGCCGCUGCUUUUGUUGUUCUGACUGUGUCUGUCAUCGCCGGCAUUGUCAUCAUGAUCAUCUUAUAUAACAGUGAGAUCAGUGGACUGAAUCCGACGGCCCGGCCAACGUUCGCGUCCACCACCCGAGGUCCUCCACCUGUCGUACGGCUGCCAAAGAAUCUCAUACCUCUCAGCUACAAGGUCUUCCUCCAGCCUCACCUCUACACCCGCAUCAUCGAGGUGGUGAACGUCACUAGUCCGAAUCAGACACAUCUCUUCACCGGGAACUCUACCGUUACUUUUCAAUGUGCCCAGAGCACAGACACCAUCUACCUCCACAGCGGCACUGUCUUGAAGCUUUCUGAUCCAGUGGUGAUGAACAAGGACAACAAUGAGAAGAUCGGUGUUUCUGCAAUGAAAAAGCACGACGACGGAAGUUACUUUCUGGAGAUCCAACUGAACGAAGUGUUGGAGGCAGGAAGGAACUACAGUUUGUUUCUAGCUUUCGAGGGAGAAAUGUCAACAUUUCUUGAUGGCAUGUAUGCAAGCACAUAUGCUGAAGGUGUUCCAGCCUUUGAGGACGAUAAAAACGCACAGAGAUUCCUUGUUGCCACCAAUAUGGAACCAUCAGAGGCCAGGACUGUGUUUCCUUGUUUCGAUGAGCCAGAAAUGAAGGCAGAGUUUGAUGUGACAAUCAUCCACAGAAGAGACACGACAGCAUUAGGGAAUGCGGAAAAGUCAGACUCCAGUCUCUUAGACGACGAAUGGAAAUACACUCAUUUUCAUCCAACACCGCAGAUGUCCACAUACUUGUUUGCCUUCACAGUUUCAGAGUUUGAUGCAACUCCCUCCUCACAUGAGCGCGUGAUAAUUAACACGUAUGCUCGCCCUGAAGCAACUAAAGCAGGACACACUAAAUAUGCGGCCAACAUCACCGGAAAGAUUCUUCAGUUCUACGAGAGCUUUUUUGAAAUUAAUUACGAACAGAAAAAGCUUGAUCAAAUUGCACUGCCAGACCUAAAUCCUGCAGCAAUGGAAAACUGGGGACUGAUCACGUACCAGGAGGGAGGCCUGCUCUUUGAGGAAGGCGUGUCCUCACAGUUACACAAGGAAACGAUUGCCUCUCUUAUCGCGCACGAAGUGGCACAUCAGUGGUUUGGAAAUCUGGUGACAAUGAAAUGGUGGAAUGAAAUCUGGCUCAAUGAGGGCUUUGCUACCUACAUGUCAUUCUUGGCAGUGGACCAUGUUGAGCCUACAUUUCAAUUGAAAGAAACACACAUCAUGAGCAACCUCCAUGAUGCAUUUGAGCAGGAUUCUCUGGAAACAGCCCAUCCUCUCACUCCUCCGCCAGAAGAGGUCCAGGAAUACUUUCAGAUUAUUGGGAUGUUUGAUUCCAUAACCUACUGCAAGGGGGCAGCUGUGCUGAGAAUGCUGGCAGACAUCGUGGAUGAAAGGGUUUUCAAUAUAGGAGUCAAAGCAUACCUCUCAGACUUCAGGUAUCAAAACACAGAGCAGAGCGACCUCUGGAAAUAUAUACAAAAGGCCGAGCAUGAUAAUGGGGGUCACACCGAAGUUGCAAAGGUGAUGAACACCUGGACCAAUCAAAUUGGCUAUCCUGUCAUUACCAUCAACACUACCAAUGGAGAAGUCUACCAGAAGCACUUCCUGUUCAAUGACUCUUCCGAAUCUAGUUCUUGGUGGUACGUUCCAAUCAGAGUCAUGUCAAAUACAUCUAAGCCUGUCCUUGUCUGGUUGGAAUCCAGCACCACAGUAAAGAAAGGCGAAUUCAUUUCUAAGGCUGGAGAGUGGAUCCUGGCAAACAUCAACUCUACUGGAUACUACAGAGUCAAUUACAACCCAGAGAACUGGCAACGCCUCCUGACUCAGCUGGAGCAAAACCCAGAUCGGAUCCCACUGAUGAACAGAGGGCAGCUUCUCGAUGAUGCAUUUUUCUUGGCAAGGGCCAAAAUGGUCGAAGUCACUCUGGCUCUUAAUUCAACACGCUUCCUUCGAAAUGAGAGAGCGUACCUUCCCUGGAAACUGGCAGUCAAGAACCUCAAGUACAUUGUCCUCAUGUUUGACCGCUCUGAGGUGUAUGGACCCAUGCAGGCGUACCUCCGGGAACAGGUUAAAGGCCUGUACAACUCUCUCAGGAACUACACAGACCAUUCAACCGUCCCAAAGGAUCACUCCUUACAGUACAACCAGAUCCUCGCCACACAGUUGGCAUGCUACAAUGGACUCCCAGAAUGCAUAGAGAUGGCUACGAAUAUGUUUGCUAAGUGGAUGAACAGCAACUCUACCAACCCCAUCCACCCCAACCUGCGGUCUGUAAUCUACUGCCAAGCUGUGGCCGCUGGUGGGAAGAAAGAGUGGGAGUUUGCCUGGGGGAAGUUACAGAGCUCCAGUGAUACCUCAGAGAAAGUGCAGCUCCGUCGCGCUCUUUCCUGCACCAAAAAGAUCUGGCUGCUUAACAGAUACCUGGAGUACACAUUGAACCCUGAGAAGAUACGACUGAUGGAUGUUCCUUCCAUUAUUAGCAGUAUAGCCCAGAAUGUGGCGGGACAGGCGCUGGCCUGGAACUUUGUCAGAGCAAACUGGGAAUACAUCGCGAACGGGUAUCCAUCCGGGAUGAUUGAGGCCGUGACCAGCAGGUUCUCGACACCUUUUGAACUGGCUGAGCUUGAGCGUUUUGCAGCAGACUAUGACACGGGAUCUGUUACCUGGGCGGUGAGACAGGCCAUAGAGCAAACUCAAGUCAACAUCCAGUGGGUCAGCGAGAACAAAGACCCGAUACUCGAGUGGUUUGAAAGUGAAACAGCUUCGUAGAGCAGAAACGCCAUCUUUGAUCGUUUUCGAGCCUCACAGAUCAGUGGUGCUGGAUGCUCUGCAGACCUUCCUCCCCCACUAAUCCACCUCAAAAUGAAGAACCGAUCAAUCCAUACCUGAAUCUCAGUUAUCAUGAAAAGAAUCAUGAAACAAUUUACCAGCGGACAGUUUACCAAACUGAACUUUGGCAGCACACAAGUCUGAUGCAUAGUUUAGUACUGAUAAUUCAUAAGAAAUGUGAUGAAAAAGAAAUGUUUAUGUAUAUGCAUUAUUUAUACAGUAUAUUCAACAGUCAGAGGAACAAGCUUUUACCCCACUGUUUGUCAUUUUUUUGCACAUGAUGCAGAUAUAGCAUCAGCCAACUUCACAGUAUAGUUAUAUAUUUGAAAACAUUUCUGUGUUUUAUUAAAAUUAUAACAUAUUUACUUUUUGAAUUCACUUGUUUCCUCUUGUUCCUGUUACCUAUUAAUAAUAUGUUUUUCAAUCAAAGCUGUUUACAGUAGAAAAUGGAUUAAAACGUAUGAUAAUCUCUAGCAGAUGUGUAUUUUGGGGACAAACUGAAUGAUUCUACAUUAGUUAAUUAUAACGGCUCAAGUUCAUGAGCUUUUUGAUGCUGCCAAUUUCUUGACCAGUGUCUCAACGGUUUGCACAAGCCAAAGGACAAACUUUUAUCUGUUUGUUCGAGGGAACAUGUCUAUAUGUGUAUUUAUGAUGUAAUCAUGAAACCAAAUUAUUCUUGUAUGUUGCUGAAAUUGUAUUUUUAAUAAUAAAACA